CAUCAUAGACUUCACACGUGCUUUCAAGGUGGAUGAUCUCACAUUUGUUACCAAGUCGUCGGAACCGAUUGAUCGUUUUGGAGCGAUUCUUAAGCUAUUUCAUUACGAGCUUUAUAGAGAGACGACGUCCCAUUGAAACCAUUGACGACGCUCUUAAAACAGACGCACAUUUUUUGUACUUUCCAGGUUCUUCAAUGUCGUCAUUUUUAAAGGAAUCUAAUUAUGAAGCUUACCGAGAAGCAUGGAAACGGAGUCUAGAGAACAAUCUGGGAGAUAACGUUAAAAUCAAUGACUACUUUAUAGAGGCUACAAAUGGUCACAUCUUUCUGGGCGAGCGUCUCUGGUUAAGUUUCUUCUCUCAGUAUUUGUUCAAGGGAAUUAGCAACUGCCCCUUGCACGUCUCUACAGAACGAAUGAGGGAGGAAUACUUGUGCUUCGGACUUCAAAAAGCAAGUCCGUUGAUACUACCAUUAAAUGAAGGGAUAACAAGACUUACUGAAGCCGGUCUGGUGCUGUUUUGGGAAAGGAAGUAUUUCUUCAAGUUUCUGGGUCAAGGACCUUGUAAACUCGAAACCACCACUCUGCAAGAAAGCGGGGAUUUGACACCUCUAACUUUGAAUGACGUAGGCGUCGUCUUUGUUCUUCUUCUAUGUGGUUAUGCGGUAGCGCUCGCCGCUCUGUUUUUCGAGCUACUGAUGAAUAACAGAAUUAGAAACCAUAGUAAAUCCAGGAGAUUAAAAGUUUGCUCAUUAUGGUAAAAAAUUGUGAAAGUUGCGGGCGUGCCGCGUGUAAAGAUUGAUGUAUUAAAAAUAGCGAAGCUUAAGAAAAGUUCACGACUGAUGUGUUAAAAGUAGCGAAGUUUUAGAAAUUCACACGAAGUAAUAAAAGUAUAGCUAAAGGGUAUCUUAUAAACGUAUGCUUGAUGUAGUAAUGUUUGUAGGAAGCACAGUUGAAUUAAAAAAUAAAACUUCCUUCCAUCUGAAGGAAACGCAUAUUCAAGCAAAUAGUGUUAUGGACUAUUUUCCAAGGCACUAGAAAGCACAGUGAAGUUUAGGGCACUCAAUAUUGGUAGAUGUGGUAGAAAAUACACAUAUGUCAAAACGUUAUUCUCAAAAGUUUGAAGGUCCAGAGUAUAGAGGUUAGAAGCUGUUUUUAAUUCUGCGGGAAGUUUUACUUUAGUUGAAACGUAAGUUAGCUUAGAGCAAAAAUGUGACAAAAUAUGUUGAUGUUUAAUGUGCAAAAUGUCGCUAUAUAGAUCAUGUAUAAA